CACAAGUACGCGUUUCACAGGUCGAGAAAAAAAUUUCGAAGAGCGUGAGCUCGUCUGGAAUCAGAGGUAACAAGACUGCGAAAAGGAUUCGGCAGCCUCUUGUCUUCUUGCCAUCCCUGAGGUCUUUCUCUUAGGGCACAGUUCGCCACGCUUUCCUACUCUCUCCCAAUGCAGGCGCGAUGAAGCGGCGCUAGGAAAGAGUUUACACUGGACGCAGACUCAACACACCGACUCUUUUUCCGCAUUUUCGUGUUUUUUCAAGCAGCAUCAUCAUCACACCUUCCCUUUUCUGGUCAGGUCUGCUCUGUUUGCAACUCUGAGGCAGUUUUUCUUGACAUCCCGGGGGCGUAUGCCAUCGGGGCACCCGCGUACCUUGCAUCUAAAUAAGAACGGCUGUGACCUGAAGUCUGUCGUGGUGUAACGAGAGUGUUUCGCUUGAAGAGAGUGUCUUCCUCGAGACCUGCACACCGGUUUUCGUACCGGUUUCUCUUUCCUUUAACUCAUCGUCGCGACAGCGAUGAGGCGCCACGUCUCAGUUCGCGAAGACGGGGGGGUCUCGUCUUCUGCUUCUGCGGCGUCAAACUGCCGGUCGGAGGCAAAGUGUCCGUCCAGCAUGCGUUCGAGUCGCGUUUCCUGGAGAUUCUGGCCGCCGCUUUUCCCCCAGAUCACCCCGAAAACUUUCACGUGCGUCGGCGCUUGCGUCGUCUACACCGCCGCGUCACUCGCCACCGUUUUCCUGAACCGCCGGCUUCUCUCGGACUUGUUUCCCUUUCCCUUGACUCUCUCAUGGCUACAGGAAGUCGUGGGCGUUGCCGCAUACCUGCUGCUGUCUGCAGUGGGGCGCGCAAGUCGUUCUGCGACUGAGACGAGGCCGGAAGCGCCGGCAUCGUCCCGCUGCCUCGCGCGUCAGCCGAGUCUCUUUCUCCGCCGCACGCUCACAUCUUCUCUGAGAAGUCCAGCGGCUGCGAGUCUCUCGACUUUCUUCCCUCCGACCUCCGCAGACGCGCGGACUCUGUACCGAGUGCUGCCGCUCUCCCUCGCCUUCGUCUGCAUGGUCGGCUUCUCCAACACCUGCCUGAAACACGUGCAGGUAUCGACCUACCAGGUGGCGAGGUCACUCACUCUCCUCUUCAACAUGGUCCUGCAAAGGCUUAUUCUCGACAUCCGCGUUUCCCUCGAGGCUGCCCUCUCCUGCGGUGUCGUCUGCCUAGGCUUUCUGGUCGGGUCUCUGGACGCCUCCACUCUGUCCCUCGCGGGGGCGUUCACGGGCGCUGUCUCUUCUUUGUUUCAAGCUGUGUACACGGUUCACAUCCGGAAGACUCUCGACAACUUGGGCGGCGCCCACGCCGCCGUCAUGUUCUACAACAUGGUGAACGCCGCGUUUCUGUUUCCCCCGCUCAUCUGGGUCACGGGCGAAUGUGCCGACCUCACUCGCUUCUUUUUCUCAGAGGCGGAGAACAAACAUGCGCUGCCGUCAUUGGCAGCACUGAACAGUGCAUCGGAGAGCAGUUUGUCGCCUGCGCGAUCCGAUGUUGCCGGGUCACUGGAGGCUCUCGUCGCACACGGACACCGUGGCUUCUUCCAGAGUCCUUUCUGGAUUUUCCUACUCAUAGUGGCUUCAGGUGUCGCAGCUCUCUUUCUGACCCUCUCGUCGUUCUGGAUCGUGGGCCUUACCUCCCCGCUCACUUUCAACAUUCUGGGUUACGUCAAAGCUUGCGUGCAGACAUGUCUAGGUUUUAUCGUUCUACGCGAAAAGGCGAGUCCGCAAGCGCUUGCGGGAGUGCUGCUCACUCUCUCAGGUUCCGCCGCGUUUUCCGCUUUCAAGCGAAAGGACGCAGAACGCGCGAAGGAACAACCACAGGCCGAUCUACGGAGUGACCCUGCGACAGGCAAAAUGUCUGGCAAAGUUGCAGAUCGGUAACGAAACCCACUUCAAAAGGGAGAUACCGUUUACUUUUGUCAUGACGCUUCAGUCGAAUAAAAACUAUCCGCGUAAUUCCCGCUACCUCUUGCGCAGGAGUUGCCCAGCUUCGCGAAAGCACUCUACUAGUCUUCGUACAGGGGGCGCGCCACAGCACCUGCCGGUCUGUUUGAUUACCGUAACAGCCAGCAACACGAACGCCGGAGGAGAUCUUUCACCUGAGCCUGACACUGACGCUAGGAGCCGCGCCUAAGGGUGGAACGCAGCGUUUGUUCGACAACAGGGUACCGAGAGGUUGCCAGAAAAGGGGACCACAGAAAACCACGAGCAGGUUCGUACUCGGAAACAAGCGGGAUCCAACUCCACAGAGAGACAAAGCGUCUGGCAGCAGUCAGAAGCCUUGUGCAAUCGUAUAUUUCUAGUGUUGCUCAAAGAACGCGUAUGGUCGGAUAUGCGAGCGACACAGUCGAGCUUUGCUCGCAACAGGUUUUUCAAAGAGAGUUUGAAGAAAUUGUUUCCUGCUCUAGUGACUUAAAUGAAUCACGCUUUUAUCCAUGGCUGAGCAGCCGUCAAAGCCUCACACACUCGAAGCACGAUUGCUGUCAGAGCCGCCAUUUCGAAGGGCUGAAUGUGCCUUUUGGGUGGAUACUAAUGCUGCGCAACCUGGUCAUAGCCGACGAGGGUAUUUUCCACCGUUUUGGAUGGACCCGAUGCAAAUAAAAUGUUUGUUUUUCGUGAACGUGGCGUCGUUGCACGCGAUUGCUCAAGACGACGGCUGGCAUAUUUCGGCACUACGCAAUUCUUUGUUCUAGUUGUUUGCUGGAAUGUAGCCAGCUGUGGUACCAGGAAAUUGGGAUGUAGGGACGAAGAAUGAGUGUAAAUUAGACCGAGUGGAAGUGGGGGAAAGACGCGGGAGGGGAAACAGAGUGAAGAGAGGAGAAGCAGAGGCAAUCGAGGUUGAAAGAAAGCUUUCUUUUUGGCGUGCAGUGGUGGAAAGGACUGUGUGAGAUAAACUUGAGGAAAAAACCACAGAACUUGAUUCGUGCAUACGGGGUGUCCUCCUAGUUAGAAGUUCAGAGACUGCGCUGCCACUUCAUCAUUGCUGCGGCUGUUCCUCUUUCUCCCUGUCGCCCUGCUUCAUCUUCUUCACCAGUUCCUACCGCAUGGCUGCCUCCUACAGGCUUUACAAACCGGAACAUGGAGAUGGAGAUUGAAACAGUGGGCUUGCGCAGAAAAAACGUGUUUCUCAUGUCUUUGUUCCUGGUUUUUCCCGCUGUCUUCCUCCUUGCUGGUUCCCUUCUCCCGUCUCACUUGUAUUCCCUUUGUCGGAAAAGCCACUUGAUUGUUUGAUAGAGCAAAACGCGCGAAGAAUCCGAAUGACGCCAACCAGGAAAAUCAUUUCGACACGGUUUUCUUCUUGACUGCGGUCUUCACAUCGAAGGAAGACAUGAGGAGAAUGAACUUCGUUAAGAACGAAGGCUUUGCGGAACGAGAACAGGCUGUCCGUUGUUGUGGACUGAUGUAAAUGAACCUGUUUUGGUUUAAAUUUUUUUCUUGAAAGUUCUGAGCAGCUCGGCUGUCUCCUAAACUUUUGGAGCUCAACUCGAUAGGCGGAAUGGCGCAUCUGGCCGCUUGUGUUUGCCGACAGGCGCUCUGUGCUUACUCAUCAUAACAGGCAUUGUCCAUCACACACUAGAAAAGCAUGAUCAAAGCAAUGCACGGGAAUUCCUCCACCAAAGCUGAUUUGCCUGUAAGAGACAACAAGAGUCAACAGCGGAGUCCCGCACUCAUGGCACACUCAUCGUGUCAGCGACUACCGAAUUUUGCAGAGUUUUUUUUUUCAGACGUACUUGACUGACGCUUUAAACAGCUCGCUCCCUGCCGGUAUCCAUAUCGCAAAGAGUUAUGAACAGGAUUACCUGUGACGGAGGUCGAUUCCCCAGAACUUUAUGCCUCCUUGGCUAACGUUUAAACUUGUGUACCAGCCACCCCUAUUAUAGUGCGCAGAAGCGCCUCGUGUUCAACGAGGUGAUAUGCUCAAACUGGAUAACGAAGAUAGAGAUGCAAACCUUCUCUAGAAUCAAAGACUGGCUCUCGAAGGUCGCUCUGCACGAAUAUGGUGAUAGAGUUUUGGUGAACACCAGACCUUUCAUCGACUGCAGAAAAACGCCGUCGGCAAACUCGAUGCAUUUGUUAGUCGCAGACACGAGAAGGGUGCCAUGCGUACAGAAGUCAGCUGUUGACUUUUCACUACUCGGAGAAUCAAAGUUCGAAUCUCUGAUGCACUUCCUGAGGAAACGAUUUCCGACUAUGUAUUAAAGCAGACGUGCUCGUACGCAGCGUCGUUUAAGCAUUCGAAAAGGAUGGCAUCAAACCUUUAUCGUAGCACGAAACUACCCCGGCGUCCCGAAUGGAAAAAGUAGUCAUACGAGCAUUGUAGGAAGAAUUGCUUUGCGUCCUGGUAUACGGAAGUCCAAGACGAACUGAACACACUGGCUGCUACCAAUGAUUCUCCAAUUUCUGUUCUACUCGCGACGUCGCUCACGAUUGUCAAAGUCUCCGCGCUCUGCCCUCCGGUGAAAAACAUUCAGUCUGUCAGCUCGCUCUACUCAACCACGAAACUGUGCUCCACCCACAAGUUACUUGAGCAAGAAGACAUCCAGCAGUACCAGACGUCGAAUAACGCUAUAUUCAGAAAGCCACAUUCAGUGUCUCCCAGAGAAGGGAUUCUUCAUGUAGAGGGGCUGAACACACGCUCUGGACCAGGAGGGCACUGGUGCAUCUAAAGUAAACACGGUGAUGAUACAAGAGUACCGUUUUGGUCAGCCGGAACAUCAGGAUGCACGGUUGAAGCCGAACAGUCUUGGACAUCACGUGCGGCUUCUGGCAAUUGUUUUACGGUAUUUUGUUGUUUCAACACACUUCUGAACAGACCAGACGGUUGCAGUAUCUUCUGCUUCUGAGGGUUGAUAGUCUCGGCGAAUAUCCGAUGGUUGGGUUUGACUUCCGCGUUGGUUCCUAGUCACCCUGGCGACAUCUGUUCAAAAGUUGACGGGGAACGCUACGAGUGAAUCCAUCAGCAUAAUAUACAUCACACGAUCCAGCUCGACUCUCAGGAACGGAAUGGCCUCCCGAGUUGUAUCUCGAUCAAUCAGUCAUCAAGUGAGGUGCCGAAGGCAGUCUGCUUAUCCAGUUCCUCAUUCUCCUUUUGUUUCACAUGUUUCCGGCUGCGGCUGUGCCGCCUGCGUCUUUGAGUCUGGGUGCUCUUUGUUCCGUCGGAUUUUGACGAUGAUUUUUGUUGUUCACGUCCUCCUUCCAGAGAGUGUCUUGCCUUCUCUAUCUCGGUCGCAAAUACUUCUGCAGCAAACUCAGAGUUUAUGUCUCCACCAGGCUGCGGUUCAGUCGAUUUCGAGGAAUUCCCGCCCCUCAUGACUUGCUUCACUCCCCACAUAGUUGAUCCCACUCCUCCGACAGCGGCCGCGACGGCAAGAGCCUUGGCUACCACAGGAAAAGUAAGCAGCAUUCCCCCUCCAAUUGCGGAUAUCAGACCUGCAGUUAUUGCGAGGCGAGCAAGACUGCUGCGGCUGCUAGACCUGUCGUGUCCCCCGGGAGACAGACUUAUGAGCUCUGCUUCGCGUCUCCCCAUUUCCCGGUAUUCACGGAGGAGGCUGUCCACAGCGGACUCAACCUCCGAAGCUUCGUCGGGAGAAUGUUCAAAGUUCAAGUCCCAGUUCACCGGGAUUUUAUGAAAGGUGCCAUGAUGUGGACUCUCUCCUUUCCCGUGCUCGCGAAGUCCCAGGCGGCUUCCCCUGUCAAGCAGAGGUCUGUAAUAAUCGCGUCCGCGGAUUCUGUCGAAAAAAUGCUUAGCAGGUCUUUUAUAUGGACCUAACUUAGAGUUCUUCAAGGAUUCUUCGUCAGAUGAUUCGUUGCUGUCACCUUCCGGCGCACUGACCGCGUACGCAGGCCGGUUACCUCGAUUCUCAGGCAGAGCGUACGUAUAAGCAUUGCCGUUGAAUCCGCCAUUGGGAUUGACACCCUGUUCCUGGUCCCAGCCUGAGACACUGGGUAUUUUGGAGAUACUGAUCUCUCCAACGAUAGACACAACCGCGGUGAAAAGCAGAACACCCUUCCUCUUCGUACACACCGCCCGCCACCCUAUCGAUGCGGCCCUCAUACUGAAUUUUUUUCGCAGCCGAUAAAACUACACAGUCGAGGUAAGAGAACGACUUACAGCUACACAACUAUCGAUGUAAAUAACUAAAUAACUCUCGGGGCACUAAUGCCAGAAAAAUGAGUUCUCUCGACCCGACCCUUGAAAACCGAUUCCCGCCAACUGAGACUGUUAGCUAUCACUCACUAGGUUUCAGAGACACGUUGAGUCGACCACUCUUCGAGGAUCUGACUUGAAAAAAACGAGCAGUUUUCCACUAAACAUACCGGGAUGAACUACUGCUGUUUGAAACGUACACUUGCAGCGUCACUCGGAAAAACACUGCCAUCGGCAAGGCUAACGCCG